UUUUGCGGGCAAUGCUGGGGAGAGAAGAAGCUGUCGUGUGCCAGGCCACCUUUACUCUCAAGGGCCUCUGUGGAACCCCAAUGCAUAUUCCUUAAAUGUGCAUGUUGCGGCAGGCUGCGUGAGGAAAUCGCUCAGUGCUCUGGAUUACAACCAAAUGUUUGCGGAAAGGCAGAGGGGACCGGGGCUGGAUUGCCUUCCUGUCAGCUGUGUGAGAGAAGCUGCUUUGCGCAGGGGAGUCCCACCCCAUUGCAGGGCGGGGACUCUCGCCUAGGAGAGCUGAGCGGAGCUCUCCCCAUCACUGCCAAGGCACCCACUUGGGAUAGCAGUUCUCUGUCUAGGGACUUGGACAAUAACAGAUCGAUCAAGUAGUGCAGCAAUGGCAACAAUCAAGGGGGUCUCAAGUUUCAGUGCUGAGCAAGAAGCACAGGCACUAAGGAAAGCGAUGAAGGGAUUGGGCACGGAUGAAGAUGCCAUCAUCGAGACCUUGACCAAACUGAACGUUUCCCAACGUCAGCAAGUUCUGAUCACCUAUAAAACUACUAUUGGCAGGGAUUUGAUUGAUGACUUGAAGUCUGAGCUGAGCGGGAAUUUUGAGAGGGUGAUCGUUGGGAUGAUGACUCCCACCACCAUGUAUGACGUGCACGAGCUGAGGAGGGCUGUGAAGGGUGCCGGAACAGAUGAGGGUUGCCUGAUUGAAAUUCUGGCUUCUCGCACAAAUGGAGAGAUCCGGCGCAUUAAUGAGAACUACAAACUUCAAUAUGGGUGUACGCUCGAAGAGGACAUUGUCUCCGAUACAUCUUCCAUGUUCCGAAGAGUCCUCGUAUCCCUUGCGACGGGCAACAGAGAUGAGGGAACAUAUGUGGAUGGUGCCCUUGCUCAGCAAGAUGCUCAGUGCCUGUAUGAAGCUGGGGAGAAGAAAUGGGGAACAGAUGAGGCACAAUUUAUGUCCAUCCUCUGUACACGGAACAGAAGUCACCUACUAAGAGUUUUUGAUGAAUACAGAAGGAUUGCUAAUAAGGACAUAGUAGACAGCAUUAAAUCUGAGAUGUCAGGAGACCUUGAAGAUGCUUUAUUAGCUGUGGUAAAGUGCACACGGAAUAAACCUGCAUAUUUUGCUGAAAGAUUGUAUAAAUCCAUGAAGGGCUUGGGAACAGAUGACAACACGCUGAUCCGAGUGAUGGUGUCCCGCUCGGAAAUAGAUAUGUUGGAUAUCAGAAGGGAAUUCCUGACCAUGUAUGGGAAAUCUCUCUACUCCUUCAUUAAGGGAGACACCUCAGGAGAUUACAGGAAAGUUCUGCUCAAGCUCUGUGGUGGGGAGGAUUAAAGGAUUCCUGGUGAACUGCCUGGGUGAUGGGAAACAGUAGAUCAUAAGGAUUUCUCUCUCUCUCCAGAUAGCUUAGACUAUUGCUCUGAGUAUUGACUUAGGUUAGUUAAUGCUCUGAUUAGAUGAUGACAAUUCAAGUUGGCCCUUACGAUAUGCUUUUAUGCUUGGCACACUUUUUUCUUAAACACUAAUUUGGCUAGUAAAACCUGACUUGAACUGAAUGCUGUAACCAACUGUCUAAGAGCUAAACUGUAUCCUGACAAGCUGUCCCUCCGCUAUUGCAUUUGCUAACAAAACUUAUUUAUCAGCUGAAGCAGACUUAGAUGCAGCAUGUAGGAAACCACAGAGGAAAAAAUUAACCUAAGCAGCGUAGGGAGAGUGCAGAAUACACGUUUGCUUUGGUUUUGCAAGAUAAUUCCAACACAAAGAAAAUUACUCAUCUAAAAUAACAAGAGUGUUUAGAUUUAAACUUGCCCUGUUAAUGUGGAGCAUUAACAGACUUGUUACACUUAUAUGUAAGUGUAUGUAUCCACAAAUAUAUGUUGCCUGUAGGUCCGAAGGUGGGGAAGAUGUCACUGGUGACAUUAGAAGGACCAGGUCAGCCCUGUACUCACGGUCCUCUCUACCUGAAUUACGGGAGCGUGACUUUUACUUAGAUUAUCAGGGUUAUAUUACAAGCCCUUACUCUACAUGAAGCGGUAUCAUUAGAAAGGUGCCUUUCCAGGGAAUGACCUGUCCCCACACUGCCUGGUGCCUUACAUGGAGAUGCCUCGCACUGGGCUAACUUACUGUAGCCCACCAGCGCUAGCUGGUUGUAGCACCUUCUAACGCUGCAGUAGAGGGUCUGGUUCUGGUGCCCGUGCCUGACUAGGGACUCCCACGCCAACCGUUGAAAGGAAGCGUUCUCCCACGCUCUAGGCCGUUGCCUUUUGGGCUGAGCGUCGUUUUUCACCACGCUGUGGGUCAUGUUUGGAUUCGCGGGCUGCUUUAGCUGUUGCAAUCCUAUGGCAAGGGCACCGCGCACUGAGGUUAGAAGCGUGUAUGGCCUAAGCCCUGCUCUGCCACUCACUGUACUCUAAAUUAAGCUCUUGCCUCGAAUAGGAGAUAUUUCUGUGCCUUCGGCUAAAAAGCCUUUUGUUUCUCUUCCUCCCUGCUUUGAUAAGUGGAGA